UGCUACUGCUGCCACCUGGUCCCAGUCGCCGAUUCUCGCGCUUUCGGGGCAUCGCUUGGGCUGCUCUGUCACCGCCAGCAUCGACAGACAGCGUCCAGUCUCGCGAAUGGCUCCAGCUGCCCUGCUCUGAUCCUCGAGUCGUUACCCUUGCCGUACCUGAAUUCCAGUCAUUGGCCGUCAGACACGAAGCAGCGCUUCCUCUUCUACUCCUUCAGCAUCUUGAUUAGCUCGCGAAGCUGUUCGGGAUUGCGUCGCAACCGCCGCUCUUGGUUAUAAUUCGCACUCCUUGGCUCGGCCCUGCCCACCAGCAUCGAGCGCCUUCAAGAUCAUUCACCACCAGCCCGCCAUGCGGCUAACAUCCUUCUUCUCUGGCCUGGCCGCCUUUGGCCUUCUGUCAUCUCCAGCACUGGCAGAUGAUGAAGCUGACAACGUCCCCGCGCCCACAUACUUCGAUUCCGUCAUGGUGCCUCCCUUGACAGAACUAACGCCAGACAACUUCGAAAAGGAGGCAAGCAAAACCAAGUGGCUUCUUGUGAAGCACUACAGUCCAUACUGCCACCAUUGUAUCAGCUACGCCCCGACCUUCCAGACAACCUACGAAUUCUACUACACAUCCAAGCCAGAAGGAGCUGGCGACACGAGCUUCACCGACUUCUACGACUUCAAGUUUGCUGCCGUGAACUGUAUCGCCUACAGCGACCUUUGCGUUGAGAAUGGCGUCAAGCUAUACCCCACUACGGUUCUAUACGAGAACGGCAAAGAGGUCAAGGCCGUAACGGGUGGCCAGAACAUCACCUUCCUUUCUGAUCUCAUCGAAGAAGCUUUGGAGAAGUCGAAGCCUGGAUCUCGGCCCAAGUCUCUCGCAUUGCCCCAACCGGGCGACAAAGAGCGCCCCAAAUCUGAGCCCGAGACAGCAUCGAGGAGCGCAACCGAGGAGAAGAAGCCCAAGAAGCCGGUUGCCACGCCGAACGAAGACGGAGUGUCAGUUUCCUUGACGGCCGAAAACUUCCAGCGCCUGGUGACUAUGACUCAGGAUCCCUGGUUCAUCAAGUUUUACGCGCCGUGGUGCCCCCAUUGCCAAGACAUGGCGCCUACCUGGGAGCAGCUGGCGAAGAACAUGAAGGGCAAGCUCAACAUUGGAGAGGUCAACUGUGACAAGGAGUCGCGAUUGUGCAAAGACGUUGGUGCGCGGGCGUUUCCCACUAUCCUGUUCUUCAAGGGUGGAGAGCGCUCAGAGUACGAGGGGCUCCGAGGCCUGGGCGACUUUAUCAAAUAUGCCGAAAACGCCGUCGACCUCGCUAGCGGAGUGCCUGACGUGGACUUGGCAGCAUUCAAGGCUCUCGAGCAGAAGGAAGACGUCAUCUUUGUCUACUUUUACGACCACGCCACCACAUCGGAGGACUUCAAUGCCCUCGAGAGGCUGCCCCUGAGUCUCAUCGGACAUGCCAAACUGGUUAAGACUAAGGAUCCGGCCAUGUACGAGCGCUUCAAGAUCACGACAUGGCCCAGAUUCAUGGUUUCGAGGGAGGGUCGCCCUACGUACUACCCUCCCCUCACCCCUAACGCGAUGAGAGAUACCCACCAAGUUCUGGACUGGAUGAGGUCGGUUUGGCUUCCCCUUGUCCCCGAACUGUUGGUUACCAACGCCCGCCAGAUCAUGGACAACAAAAUUGUUGUGCUCGGCGUCCUGAAUCGAGAAGACCAGGAAUCCUUCCAGAGUGCUCUUCGGGAGAUGAAGAGCGCAGCCAACGAGUGGAUGGACAGGCAAAUCCAAGAGUUCCAGUUGGAGCGGAAGAAGCUGCGAGACGCGAAGCAAAUGAGGAUCGAGGAAGCUGAGGACCGAGACGAUGAGCGCGCCCUGCGGGCCGCCAAGGCGAUCCAUAUUGACAUGAACAAUUCCGGACGGAGAGAAGUGGCCUUUGCGUGGGUUGAUGGCGUAGCGUGGCAGCGCUGGAUUCGAACCACGUAUGGCAUUGAUGUUAAGGACGGAGAAAGAGUCAUUAUCAACGACCAAGAUGUAAGCCUCAAGCUCACCCCCAUUUGUCCUCCCUCUACAAUAUUGCUUUGCAGCCGCAAGUACUGGGACAGCACCGUGACGGGCAACUACAUCCUCGUCAGCCGCACGUCCAUCCUGGAGACGCUCGACAAGGUCGUCUACACCCCGCAGGCCCUCAAGCCCAAGCUCACCAUUUCCUCUUUCGAGAAGAUCUUUUUCGACAUCCGCGUCUCCUUCACCGAGCACCCCUACCUGACCCUGGGCUGCAUCGUUGGCAUCGCCUUUGGAGCCUUCUCCUGGCUGCGUGGCCGCUCUCGCCGUGGACGCGGCCACUUCCGGCUCGAGGAUUCCAUCAGCAUUAGAGAUUUCAAGGACGGGUUCCUUGGUGGAUCUAACGGCAACACCAAGGCCGACUGAUUGUACACCAUACGGAGAGCCUAGCGAUGUGGGUUUCUACCCCGAUGUUUACUUGAAUGGAGUUAUUGGAAGGGAUAGGGGAGCAACACGGGACUGGCAAAAAGGUCUACCUUAAGAGGAGCGGAGGUAUACAGGAGCUUUGAGGGAUCGGGCGUAAAGAGAUAACCUACUCCCAGAGUAUGGUACCAUGAGGCGGCUUUCUGCUUUCUGGAGAGAGAACGGUAGAGUGGUAUAAUGCCCCUUGAUGCGCGGACGGCAGCUGGAAUGAAGAC